AUGGCGGAAGCCACCUCCGGCGCUGGGGGCACGUCCCUGGAGGGCGAGCGUGGCAAGAGGCCCCCGCCGGAGGGCGAGCCUGCAGCCCCGGCGUCCGGAGUUCUGGAUAAGCUUUUUGGGAAGCGGCUCCUGCAGGUGGGUCGGUAUCUGGUGUCUCACAAAGCGUGGAUGAAGACGGUGCCCACGGAGAACUGUGACGUGUUGAUGACCUUCCCAGAUACGACCGAUGACCACACGCUGCUAUGGCUGCUGAACCACAUCCGCGUGGGUAUCCCUGAGCUCAUCGUGCAAGUCCGCCACCAUCGCCACACACGCGCCUACGCCUUCUUCGUCACCGCCACAUACGAGAGCCUACUCAGAGGGGCCGACGAGCUGGGUCUGCGCAAAGCAGUGAAGGCCGAGUUUGGCGGGGGCACCCGCGGCUUCUCCUGCGAGGAGGACUUCAUCUACGAGAAUGUGGAGAGUGAGCUGCGCUUCUUCACCUCCCAGGAGCGCCAGAGCAUCAUCCGCUUCUGGCUGCAGAACCUUCGUGCCAAGCAGGGCGAGGCACUGCACAAUGUGCGCUUUCUGGAGGACCAGCCAAUCAUCCCUGAACUGGCGGCCCGCGGGAUCAUCCAGCAGGUGUUCCCAGUCCACGAGCAGCGCAUCCUGAACCGUCUCAUGAAGUCAUGGGUGCAAGCUGUGUGUGAAAACCAGCCUCUAGAUGAGAUCUGCGACUACUUUGGUGUGAAGAUUGCCAUGUACUUUGCCUGGCUGGGUUUCUACACAUCGGCAAUGGUGUACCCGGCAGUCUUCGGCUCAGUCCUGUACACAUUCACAGAGGCUGAUCAGACAAGCCGGGAUGUGUCCUGCGUGGUCUUUGCCCUCUUCAACGUGGUCUGGUCAACACUGUUCUUGGAGGAGUGGAAACGGAGGGGGGCCGAGCUGGCCUACAAGUGGGGAACACUGGACUCACCUGGGGAAGCUGUGGAGGAGCCACGACCCCAGUUCAGGGGCGUGCGGCGCAUCAGCCCCGUGACUCAGGCCGAGGAGUUCUACUACCCACCCUGGAAGCGGCUGCUCUUCCAGAUGCUCGUGAGUCUCCCCUUGUGCCUCACCUGCCUAGCCUGCGUGUUCCUGCUCAUGCUCGGCUGCUUCCAGCUCCAGGAGCUGGUGCUGAGCGUGAAGGGGCUGCCCCGUCUUGCCCGCUUCCUGCCGAAAGUCAUGUUGGCCCUGCUGGUCAGUGCAAGCGCCGAGGGCUAUAAGAAGCUGGCUGUCUGGCUCAACGACAUGGAGAACUAUCGGCUGGAGAGUGCCUAUGAGAAGCACCUCAUCAUCAAGGUCGUCCUGUUCCAGUUCGUCAACUCAUACCUGAGCCUCUUCUACAUUGGCUUCUACCUCAAGGACAUGGAACGCCUGAAAGAGAUGCUGGCCACACUGCUGAUCACCCGCCAGUUCCUCCAGAAUGUUCGAGAGGUUCUGCAGCCCCACCUGUAUCGGCGGCUGGGCCGAGGAGAGCUUGGCCUGCGGGCGGCCUGGGAGCUGGCCCGUGCCCUCCUUGGCCUCCUGAGCCUCCGGCGCCCCGCACGCCGCCACCUCGAACCCCCGGCUGAAGAGAGUGGCGGUGGCAGCAGCGGUGGGGGGGGCCGCAGGUGUCUCAGUGGGGGCUGCGGGGCACCUGAGGAGGAAGAGGAGGCCACGGUGGAGCGGCGGCCGGCAGGGGAAGGGGGAGAGGUGGGGGAUGGGCCCCGGGGGGGCAGAGAGGAGGAGGACCUGGACGAGGAGGAGGAGGACGAAGAGGAGGAGGAUGAGGAUGAGGAAGGCGAGGAGGGCGGCCUCCUGGACUGCGGGCUCCGACUAAAGAAGGUCAGCUUUGCUGAGCGGGGGGCUGGGCGGCGGCGGCCAGGCCCAAGCCAGGAGGCCCUCCUGGAGGAGGGGAGCCCCACCAUGGUGGAGAAGGGGCUGGAACCAGGUGUGUUCACACUGGCCGAGGAGGACGAUGAGGCCGAGGGGGCUCCCAGCAGCCCCGAACGGGAGCCUCCCCCGGCUGUCCUGCUCCGCCGGGCCGGAGGUGAGGGCCGAGACCAGGGCCCGGAUGGGGGCCCGGACCCAGAGCCAGGCUCAGGCGACUCAGCCCGGAAGCAGCGGCGGCAGAACCGGUCAUCGUGGAUCGACCCACCCGAGGAGGAACACUCGUCUCAGCUCACCCAGGCGGAGCUCGAGAGCUGCAUGAAGAAAUAUGAGGACACGUUCCAGGACUACCAGGAGAUGUUCGUGCAGUUUGGCUAUGUCGUGCUCUUCUCGUCCGCCUUCCCCCUGGCUGCCCUCUGCGCCCUCAUCAACAACCUCAUCGAGAUCCGCAGUGAUGCCCUCAAGCUGUGCACGGGGCUGCAGCGGCCCUUUGGGCAGCGGGUGGAAAGCAUUGGCCAGUGGCAGAAGGUGAUGGAGGUCAUGGGCGUCCUGGCAAUCGUGGUCAAUUGCUAUCUAAUUGGCCAGUGUGGGCAGCUGCAGCGCCUCUUCCCCUGGCUCAGUCCCGAGGCAGCCAUCGUGUCCGUGGUGGUGCUCGAGCACUUCGCUCUGCUCCUCAAGUACCUCAUCCAUGUGGCCAUCCCCGACAUCCCGGGCUGGGUGGCUGAGGAGAUGGCCAAGCUGGAGUACCAGCGACGGGAGGCCUUCAAGAGACAUGAGCGCCAGGCCCAGCACCGCUACCAGCAACAGCAGCGGCGGAGGCGGGAGGAGGAGGAGCGACAGCGCCACGCGGAACACCACGCCCGGAGGGAGCGAGACGCCAGUGGCCGAGAGGAGGCUCGGGCCGAGGGCUCUGGGUUGGACCCUGCUGCCCCGGAGAAAACCUCGGCCAAGGCCAAGGGCAGUGGGGCAGGUGGCCACGGGCCGGAGCGACCCAAGCGCCCGGGGUCCCUGCUGGCACCCAACAACGUCAUGAAGCUGAAGCAGAUCAUCCCGCUGCAGGGCAAGUUCCUGUCGUCCGGGGCCUCGUCCUCCUCGCCGGCCGGCCCGGGGGCCAACCUCACCACCCGGCCAACCCCUGCCCAGUCGCCCACUGGCAGCGACACCCGCCUGCCAGCCUUCCUUAGCUUCAAAUUCCUCAAGUCACCUGAGACUCGGCGGGACCCAGAGCGUAGCCACUCUCCACCCAAGGCCUUCCAUGCCGGCAAGCUUUUCCCCUUCGGCGGGGCCCGGGCAGAGACCGGGUCCAACGGGGCGGGCGGGCAGGCCCGGCAGGACGGGACCCUCAGCGGUGGCGGUUGCCGAGCCCAGCGGAGUGGGCUGGUGGACGAGGCUGCAGCUGAGGAGCCGGACACACCCCGGCCUGAAGAGGAAGGCUCAGGGACAGCGCUGGCCCCCGUGGGCGCCCCGGCCCUCCGCACCCGCCGCAGCCGGAGCCCUGCGCCGCCGCCACCGCCGCCAACACCGCUGCCUCGGCCCCCGACGCCCCCCGCGGGCUGCUGGCAGUGGGACGGGCCGUGGGGCUGCGGGGGCGAGGGCGCCGCCCCCCGCCAGGUUCCUGCUGCCACCGACUGCCCGCCCUGCGCCCUCGCCGGGCCCCCGCCUGCCCCCCAGCCCCUGCCGGGGGACGCCAGCUUCUACAGCCUCCCGCUGCCGCCGCUGCCUCCCACCUCCGAGCCCCCCCAGACCCCGAUGCCCUCACCCAGCCCCAGCUCCAGUCCCAGUCCUCAGGCCGUGUGCUGGCCCAGCGGCUGGCAUUAGCUCCGCCCGCCCUGCCUUCCUGUUUUCAUAUGCAAUAUCAAUCACAGACGGGGCGGCGGCCGCCACCCAGAAAACACUUGGGCCGGGCCCGAUGUACCCCAGUAUUGGCUGCCCCCUCCUGGGGCAGGGCCGGGGGCCUGGGGCCCCUCUAUCUGCCGUUUUCCUUUCGACCAGGAUGGGGGGGAAAACGAAACCCCCAAAAAACAACAGAAAACACACAGAAUAGGCGAUUAUUUAUUUGUUUUUAAUUUAUUUUGUCAUAUUUUUGUAAAACGGCAGAAAUGCAAUAAAAAGUAUAUUUCAACAG